AUGCUCUCCAUUUAUGGAUUUUGCAAUCUAUUUGCAGUUUUUUUCGCCAUGUUCGCCUGCUUCUUGAAUAUUAUCCUAUUAUUUUCAAUACUCUAUUUAAAAUUGAUACCUAUAAAAUCAAGUAUGUCACUGAUCUACUAUAAAUUCGGUAUUGAUGCAUUCUAUACGUUCAGCAUAUGCAUUUCUAGAGUAUAUAUUCCCAUUACUAUGACUUUCGUUGAUUAUAUCAUUAAAAACAUGAGUUUCUACCUGUUCUGGGCGUCCACCUCAUUUGGAAGUCUGCGUGCAGUCGUGGCACUUGCGAUAUCCCUAGAAAGAGCUGUUGCCUCUUUAUUCCCAAUUUUCUACCACAAUAUUCGACCAACAUUUUCAAAUAAGUCAAUAUGGUUUUUCAUGGUUUCUAGUGUUUUAUUGGAUCAAUACAUUCUGUUUGGAUAUUGCGGAAAUGUUAUAGAAACUCCAAAGGAUUGCGUUAAUUUGCAAUGUUCAACGAACCAGUGUUACAUUACUUAUUGGUCGUUCCAUGAGCGAAUAACUUAUUUGGCCAAUAUAGUUUUAUGCACCGUUGUCGUUUUUCGGAUGUUCAUUUGGAAUAAUUACUUUAGCAAACAAACAAGCAAAACAAUUUCAAGAGCGACACGCAUUGCACUUUUUGACACGGUUUUCAUUACUGUGUUUAAUACAUUCCCCGCAUUUAUUUUAGUCAAAGUAGCCUCUCUGAAUUUUAAGGCGGCUGGAUCAUUUACUUAUGUUACAAAAACUCUUGGUCUGAUGGUCGAAGCAUUGAUAACUUAUCGAAUUUUGUUUGGUAGAAAAAAAGUUUCACCAAUUCCUGGCACACCUCUAACGUAA